AUGAACACCCUCCUCCAGCUUCAAUGCCCAACCCCAGUUGAUAACAUGUUGAGGAAAACUGUCUCUCCUAGAGCCCAACAACUCGAAACCCCUCAGCUGGUGUACAGUCAAACUGUGCACCACCAAACCCCGCCGCCGGAGAAGAAAGGGUGGUGUUCUUGUGGCUGCACUGAGUGCAAUGACCCGACGGUUCCACACGACUACUUUGAGGCUGUUCUGGAUUACAUUAACGAUAUGCUCAUGGGGGAAGAAGAUGAGCUGAUCAACAAAUCAUCCAUGUACCAUGAUUGUUCUGCUCUCCAAGCCACCGAGAAAUCGUUCUAUGAUGUUCUUGCCCAGAAACAGCCUACUUUUCCUUCCAGCAUCGAAGCAUUGGAUCUCAAUUUGUCUUCGAUUCAAUGUCUCGGAGGUGUUUCUCUGAGGGGAAAGAAGAACCGGCAACCAUCGGAAUGUGGUGGUUUUGAGAAACACAGGAGUAACAAGCACUUAGCGGGUGGUCGUCGUGAGGAAGAGCUAAUGGAGACCGAAAUCACAGCCAAGAUCGACAAGCUCCUACUUUGUCCUGGUUCAAAAGAAGUUGGAUUGCAUGAUGAGCUCGCUUGUUGUCCUUUUGACAAGCCUGCGAAUCCAUCAAUUAAAGGAAAACAAAGAAGAAAGAGAACUGAUCCCACCAAAGAGAUCGUUGACUUGAAGAGUCUACUCACUGAAUGUGCACAAGCCGUUUCAUCAAACAACACAACAAGGGUAGAAACAUUUCUCAAGAAGAUACGUAAUCACUCCUCUCCUCGUGGAAAUUCUGAGGAGAGAAUGGCACAUUACUUUGCUGACGCCCUCGAGGCCCGUUUUUCAGGCACCGGAAUGGAUCUCUAUGCAAAUUUAGCCUCAAGUAAGAUCACAGCUUCUGAUAUUGUUAAAGCUUAUCAAGUUUAUGUCUCGGCUUGUCCUUUCAAGAAAAUGUCUAAUAUCUAUGCCAACAAAAUGAUUGGAAACCUCGCUAGAGGUUCGCCAAAGCUUCACAUCAUUGAUUUUGGGAUCCUAUAUGGAUUCCAAUGGCCCUGUCUCAUUCAGGGCCUUUCAGCAAGGCCCGGUGGGCCCCCAAGUAUUAGGAUUACAGGGAUUGACUUUCCUCAAUCCGGCUUUCGCCCAGCUGAGAGAGUUGAAGAGACAGGAAAUCGCCUAGCUGAAUACUGCAAAAGAUUCAACGUCCCAUUUGAGUAUCACGCGAUAGCAAAACAAUGGGAUAGUGUUACAAUAGAAGAUCUCAAAAUCAACAAGGACGAGGUUCUCGUGGUUAAUUGCUUGUAUCGACUAAGGAAUGUACCCGAUGUGACCGUACUUGGAGCAAUGGAGUGUCCACGGGAGUCGGUCUUGAAGUUGAUAAGGACUAUCAAGCCACAUAUGUUCCUCCACGGGGUUGUGAACGGGAACUACAACACCCCAUUCUUCUUGACAAGAUUCUGUGAGGCUUACUUCAACUUCUCGGUGUUAUUCGAUAUGUUUGAGGCGACAUUACAUCGUGAAGACGAGGAGAGGUUGUUGUUUGAGAAGGAGGUGAUUGGUCGGGAACUGAUUAAUGUGAUAGCAUGUGAAGGAACAAAGAGGAUUGAGAGGCCGGAGACGUAUAAGCAGUGGCAAACUAGGAAAUGA